GCGAGAGCUGAGCGCCGCGGUUCUUGACUGUGCUGCGCCGGACGCUGAGUGUAGCCAUGCAGAGAGCCGACUCGGGGCGGACCCCCAAGCGGCCCCGAUGCGACAGCAGCCCGAGAACGCCGCCAAACACCCAUUUCACAGCGGCGAAGGGGUCCCCGGAUCCCAAACUACCCUCAGACCGCAAGAGCUGGGACCCGGAGCAGGUGUGCCUCUUCCUGCAGCGCAAUGGCUUCACGGAUUCCGCACUGCUGGACCGCUUCCGAGAAAAGAAAAUCACAGGUUCAUUACUGUGCAAUCUUGAUGAAUCUCAUCUUGAUAAUCUUGGAAUAAGGUCCCUGUCGGAGAGAAAGAAGCUGCUUAAUUCUAUCCGUCUGAGUCAAAUUCAUGGUGAUACAGUGAAGGUCAUUAAUGAUCCUAUCCAUGGCCAUAUUGAACUUCAUCCUCUCCUUAUCCGAAUCAUCGACACACCUCAAUUUCAGCGGCUUCGAUAUAUUAAACAGUUGGGAGGCGCUUACUAUGUUUUUCCAGGAGCUUCACACAAUCGAUUUGAACAUAGUCUAGGUGUAGGAUAUCUAGCAGGAUGUCUAGUUCGAGAACUGAGUGAAAAACAACCAGAGCUGCAGAUAAGUGAACGAGAUAUGCUGUGUGUUCAGAUUGCUGGGCUUUGUCAUGAUCUCGGUCAUGGGCCAUUUUCUCAUAUGUUUGAUGGAAGAUUUAUUCCACUUGCUCGCCAAGAUAUGAAAUGGAAGCAUGAACAGGGCUCAGUUGAUAUGUUUGAGCACCUCAUUAAUUCUAAUGAUCUCAAGCCCAUCAUGGAACGCUAUGGUCUCAUCCCUGAAGAAGAUAUUAUCUUUAUCAAGGAACAAAUUAUAGGACCACCUAAAACACCAGUUAAAGAGCAGUCGUGGCCAUAUAAAGGCCGUCCUAAAGAGAAAAGCUUCCUUUAUGAGAUAGUGGCCAAUAAAAGAAGUGGCAUUGAUGUGGACAAAUGGGAUUAUUUUGCCAGGGACUGCCAUCAUCUUGGAAUUCAAAAUAGUUUUGAUUAUAAGCGCUUUCUUAAGUUUGCCCGUGUCUGUGAAGUAGAUAAUUCGAAGCAUAUUUGUACUAGAGAGCAGGAGAUUGGGAAUCUGUAUGACAUGUUCCAUAUACGCACCUCUUUACACCGUAGAGCUUAUCAGCACAAAGUUGGCAACAUCAUUGAUACAAUGAUUACAGAUGCUUUCCUCAAAGCAGACCCCUACAUAGAGAUUACAGGUACUGGAGGAAAAAAAUGUCGUAUUUCCACAGCAAUUGAUGACAUGGAAGCCUUCACUAAGCUGACAGAUAACAUUUUUCUGGAGAUUUUACACUCUGCUGAUCCCAAUUUGGCUGCUGCACGAGAGAUUUUAGAAAAAAUUGUACGUCGUAAUCUAUACAAAUAUGUGGGUCAGACUCAGCCACAAAACGUGAGAAUUAUAAAGGAAAUGGGUGACAAGUUUCCAAAAGAGAUUGCCAAUGCCAAACCUGGUGAAAUUACUCUAGACGUUGAACUGAAGGCUGAAGAUUUUAUAGUGGAUGUUAUCAACAUGGAUUAUGGAAUGGAAGAAAAAAAUCCUAUUGAUAAUGUUCACUUCUAUUGUAAGGCUGACCUCAACAAAGCUUUCAAGAUUAGUGAAGAACAGGCUUCACAGCUUUUGCCAAAGAAAUUUAAGGAGCAGCUAAUUCGAGUGUAUUGUAAGAAGACGGAUGAAAAGAGUGUGCGUGCUGCACAACAAUAUUUUGUUAAAUGGUGCCAACUCAGGGAUUUCGUCAAACCGCAGGAUGGCGAUGUUAUAGCCCCACUUUUAACACCUCUAAAACCGGAAUGGAAUUGCUCAAAUUCAGCUGAGAGUCCAGCUUCUAUCCACGCAAAGAGAAAACUGUAUAAAAGUAUGUAAUCAUUUGUUCACGAAAGUCCCUCACCCCAGCACAAUUAAGUAAUUGAGGGGAUUUGGUGAGAGUGCUCCUAUGCUGAGCAAGUACUUUUUAUUUUAUAUUUUGAAUGUAUACCUAUGCUGAAGCUAAACAAUUUUUAUUCAAGGAAACUAAAAGGUAAUAGGUGAAUCUUGCUAUGUAUGCUAUAAAAAACAUUACCUUACCUAUUUUUAGUAUUAAUUAAAGCCUUUCUCUUUUAGUAGUCUAUUUUCUUAGAAAACUUUUGUGACAUAUGAUUGUUUUUUAAAAAAAGAAAAGAUACAAGGGCACACAUUGGAAUUUGAAGUUGGGAUUGUCAUGAACAGCCAAGGUUAAAACCAACCAAAAUCCUAGCCUCUGAGGAAAUGUCACCUUGAGGACAUCUCCCCUUAAGUGAUCUAAACAUUAGAGAAAGACACCUCCCCUCACCCUUUUAGCCAAGUUGGGGUAAACAGUUAAGAGAUGAGAACCAGGAGUGGGCUCCAACUCUUCAGUGAGAAGCCUGAUUCAAAAAUCGGAGGCCUCUGGCCUCUGAAGUGGGACAUAAAAUAUCUUUUAGGAGACCCUACCCUCAGUGGCAGAGGGGUCCCCCAAACCAGGUUGUCCUCUGGGUCAGUUGUGGCUCCAGUCCCAAGCAGUUUCCUUCUCUCCUAACACUCACUGCCCAUGUCUUGGCUAUACCACUGCCCAGCCUGGAAAAGGAGCUCCCCUCCGACUUGCUCCUGCAUCUCGGGAGCUGAGCGGAGGCCGUCACAGGAACCCUCCUCAGGGCUGCUCAGAGCUGGACUUGGUUGGUGCUGGUUCAGUGCAUCUAUGGUUUCAGAGCAAAGACUGAACUGCCUGUGCUGAGCUGAGUGAUGACCCCGGGCAUUCCAGGUUCCCCUUUGUAAAUUGAUUCCGUUACCUCCAGCAGUGGAGUGGAUGCCACUGUGGUGAGCAGUGCUCCUCUGCUGAGCAACGUGCCCCAUCCCACCCCCAGCACAUUUCCAGUUCUACCGAAAUUCACCAAGAGGAAAGUCUGGAGUUAGAGCCAAAGCCAGUGGUGGCCAGAGGAUCCUGAAGAUGCAAAGUAGUGAGGAAUGGCAGUCAUUUUUUUGUGAGCCCUUCACCUCUUACGGGAGCCAGCCCUGGCUGUGGCAGGAGUGAGUGGAGGAAGGGAGGAAUUCAGAACACAGGCCAGCAGAUUAUCCCGACUCUUAGGAGUGAAGCCAAUAACCAGGUUCUGUUGACACUAGAGUGAAAAACAUUCGGAAUGUCUGCCAUUCUGUAUAGUCUUACUCCCCCUCUUCCACCCUGAGGUAGAUAAUCAAGAAUUGACCCUAAUUAAUAGGAGAAUAAUUAAAACCCUUCUCUCACUCCCGCUGUGAUGCCAUGUAGGUGGGGAUGUGUUCACAUGGGGCUCGAGAAGCACAGGCGGUCAGCCAUGGUACUGGGCCAUACCUGUUUUGGCCAUGGUGCCUCUAAAACAUCCAGUGAGGAGAACUCUAGACCUCAGACUUCGUGUACCCAGACCCAUAGUUAAGAAUGUAAUUUUUCUGCUAAGAUUGUUUUAUUUUUGCAACUCCUACCUUUAAAUCAUUGUGGUUUACUUUGGAAUUUUGUAGUCCCAAUUCUGUAUCAUUGUGCUGAUAAGUAACUUUAUUGCAUAUAAGGCAGCUGCACUUUAUGCUUUUUACAAUUAUUUUAAUGAUGAGAACCAUGUGUCAUUUACAAGGUUAGAUUUAUUUUAAGAAACAUCUUCACUGUUUGUAUAAAAAUGGAGACUUUAACAGCUUAGUCUUUGGAGUUACUGAAUGUUAUCACCUUGAGACUGUAAACAGAACUGCAAGUUUAAAUGACUGGUUACUUAAUUUGGGUGAGGAAUUAAAACCUGCAAUAAAGCUUCAUAAUGUA